AGGGACCCCAACUUCCAUUUCCCGUCUCUUGGGGUCGUAACCUGUUAGAUUUGGAUACCGUAUGUCCACAACUAGAUCGAUGCAUGUAUUCCCAGAAGAACUACAGUUCCAUUUGGGAACUUCUCCGUAUUGAGAAACUUCAUCGUGGAAGCACAAUAUACCCCUGUGUUUCAGCGCCCGUCGUAUUUCCAGGAAGCGAAGGCCGUGCGUUCGGGUAUAUAACUCCUACAACAUUUCAUCUGCCUUCGUGCAGUUUUGUUUUCACCUCGACUUCACCUCAUCUUCACCUCAUACUACAACAAUGCCUGAGCUGUCCAUUGAAAUUAGUGUCCUGUCUCAAGCUGCAGCAGCUGCCCAUGAUUUGCUGACAAAGCACAAACUCUCCCAUGCCUUCUUCGGGGGCUUUGCGCUUGUCACCCUAGAGCAACCCAGCCGAACGACAAAAGAUGUUGAUGUCGAGAUCGCUAAAUCAUGGAGUCUAUUCGGCACCAGCAGCACCCUCUUGGACAAAGUGAAGGCUGCCUUCAAAUCGGAAGAGGCUUUUCUUGUCAUUGAGGGGACCAGAGAGGACGCCCUCCGAGUCAUUUGGAAUAAAACCGUUGGAGUAGAUGUCUUCAUGCGAGAGGGACGCAUGCCAAGAUCUGUCGUUGAACUCCCGGUUGCCCUGCCUCAUGACACCACCACCGAUUCGACCCCAGAGCCAAGACUCCUCCCAUUCUUCAAGCCCACCGAUCUUCUUGUCGAAAAACGAGUUGACCUCGCAAAGGCGAAAAAGCGGCUCAACUCGGAGGAGAUUGACGCUGCAAAAAACAAUUACCCUCACAUGGCUACAAUCCUGAAUGCUCUUGCAGACGAGUGAGCAGCAUCCACCCGCGUUUUUCAAAUCCGAUCAUUCUGGAUCCUCAUGGAACUGAUGGAUCAACAACCGCACUUUGUAUCGU